GCGCGGGGCAUCGAACGCCCGAGCGGAACAUUAGUGCGGGGCAUAGGGCGCCCGAUGAUGAUGAUUUCAGGGCGGUGUAGCGGUUCCGGAUGAGGCUGUCACUGCGAUGCAUCGGACGCCCGAUGAUGAUGUCAAUUCGGGGCAACGGGCGGGGCAGAGAGCGUUUGCCGUGCGGAGGCCGCUGGACUGAGGUUUAGACACGGUCCCGGCGUUGGCCUCAGGACCGCUGAAGACGGAAAGAGGAGAGGCAGCAGGCGUUGACAAGACAGGCCUGGUGGGGCUGGGCGGACCGGGGUGGUUAGUGCGGCCCCGCCGGCUCCUGGGCCCCGCCAUGAGCCGCUUCGUGGCGGCGGCCCGGCAGCAGCUGGUGGCGGCGGCGGGCAGCAGCAGUGUGGUGGUGAAAGCCUUGUGCGGCUCCCUGCUGGCCUUGUAUGGCCUCUCGUUCCUGACUGACACGGCGCAUGGCCUGGCGGUCACCCCGGGAUACCUAUUCCCACCCAACUGCUGGCUCUGGACGCUGCUGACUCACGCCGUGGUGGAGAAGCAUAUCUGGGAUGUGGCGCUGGCUUUGGGGGCCGUGCUGCUGGCGGGGGCGCUGCUUGAACCCCUCUGGGGGGCCCUGGAGCUGCUCAUCUUCUUCACUGUCCUCAAUGUGGCGGUGGGCCUCUUCGGGGCCUUCUCCUACCUCCUCACCUACGUGGCCACUUUCAACCUGGACUACUUAUUCACCGUGCGCAUCCAUGGCAUGGGGGGUUUCGCUGGUGGGGUGUUGGUGGCUCUGAAACAGACCAUGGGUGACACGGUGGUCAUCAAGGUGCCACAGCUGCGGAUGAAGGAUGUCCCCAUGGUGGUGUUGGUGGUUCUUGGGUUACUGCGGUUCACCAUGGUUCUCAGCAGCCCACUGCUAGCAUCUUACGGGUAUGGAGUCCUCUCUAGCUGGGUCUACCUUCGAUUCUACCAAAAACACAGCCGUGGCCGAGGGGACAUGUCUGACCAUUUCGCGUUUGCUACCUUCUUCCCUGAGAUCCUGCAGCCUCUUGUCUCUGUGGUGGCCAAUGUGAUCUACAGUGUGCUGGUGAAGAUUAGAAUAUGUAAGAAGACAGUCAAACGAUACGAUGUUGGGGCACCAUCAUCCAUUACAAUAAGCCUGCCUGGUACUGACCCACAGGAUGCCGAACGCAGAAGACAGUUGGCAUUGAAGGCUUUGAAUGAACGGCUGAAACGUGUUGAAGAUCAAGUAGCUUGGCCUAGUAUGGAUGAAGAUGACAAAGAAGACUUAUCUGAUACACCUUUACUUCCAGAGAGGAGCAAAAAUGAUGGAGAUGAUUCUGGAGCAGCAGAACACAUUACAUUCCAAGGUCUUUCAUCAGGAUCUUAAGAGACCAUCAGUAGAUGUAUUGUCUAAUUGAGUGGGAGUGAAAUCGGCUUUACUGCUGCAGUACCAUCAAAAUGCAUCAGUACUUCAAACUGUUUAACGGCAGCACUUCAAUUUGUUUGGAAAAUAAGUGCAGCAUAAAAUAAAAGAUUAUAAAGGCCUGCGCAACUGUGGUGCUCAUAGCCCAACUUCAGCAGGAUUUAGUGUUUCUUUAACGCAAGGUGGUGGCUGUAAUUAUUAGAGGAGGCAUUUGAACUGGUGAUGAAUUAGAAGCAGUUUUUGUGUUCGUUCAGAAAAUUAAUUAAUUUGCAGUCAAUUUUUGAAGUGUCCUUUUUGAAUAGAACAAUUAAUUAACAUAACUGAAAUGUAAAGGAAGCUCAGCAAGGGAAAGUAUGCUACCACUGAAAUCAGAUCAAAAAGAACAGUCUGAAAAUACAUCUUGGCUGUCAAGUUGUCCUUUUCAGAUAAAGUGCCAAAAAGAGAAUUAUUUUACUUUGUGAGACUGUACCAUCGGUGGGAUAUUGAAAAUUGGCACUCGUGAAUCCAUUUCAGUAGUUUUCUAUAUCUGCAGAUUUGUUAUUGUGUCUGAAUUUAGCACAUAAUCAUAUAUAAUGAACUCACCUUUUGCAAAUAUUUUCCUUUUCACUAACAUCCUACCAUCAUGUGUCUAAAAGAUUAGUAACAAUCCAAAUUACAUAUGAUUGUAAGAAUGAACCGAAUCCAAAAUUCGAUCAUGUUGAGUAAUUUGAUGUCCCUUAGUACUUCCCUCCAAGCUCCCUUAUUAAUUUGUUCCUUUCAUCAAAUGUGUAAAUAGUACAAUUACUCCAUAAAAGUUGCUUCAAUUUGAUUGAUGAUUUUGAUAGAGAAAGAAAGCAAAAAUAGGCCUCUUCUCCCAGGUCAGCAUUGGACAGGUUUGGAAGAUUGCCUUCUCAAAAGGCUGACGAAUUACUGGUGCUGGUCCUGAAUCUUUGCGUAAAAGCUGUAAAUGCAAUUUCUACAUAUGUACUUGGAGUUAACUGAUUUGGGUAUAUGGUGUUUCGUAUCCUGUAUAAUUGUAAAAGGAACAGUGAAGACUAGUGAAAAUAUUCACUUCAAACAACCACUGAUUUCCUUAUAAGCUGCUUGGCUUGUUUUCUUUUGUGAAAUAUAUAGAUAGAGGAGGCCUAUUCCAUAUUUCUGUCCUUAGCUGCUACCACAUUGCAAUAAUCAAGAGUUUCUGCCCAAGCCCAGCCUUGUUCAAAUGUUUGACUCAAAUGGCAAACAGAAAUUGGAUAAAUUUCCACAACCCAUCUAUAAUUGGACAUUGUUACUGUCUAUGAAAUGAGUUAAGAAAUAAGUACAGCAAUUGUCUUGGUGUUUUUUUGAAAGUCCCAUUUAAAGGUGUGGGUAAAGUUAACUCCUAUCCUUUCCAAUGAGCAAUUUCUCCAGGGUGAUUGAAGUCAGACAGUGCUGACUGUGGUCCACAUUUUGCAUAUUUCUGCUGUACAGACACCUUUCCAGUUUUGUCUCAGAGUUUGAUAAUCAUUAUGGUAGACAUAAAGUGGAUAUCAUUUUUAACGCAUUUAACUAUACAAGAUACUUUACGAUUUUUUUAAAAAAAAUCACAAGUAUUAGUUGCAUCUAAGUGAUUUAAUGUUACCUUGAUUAUCUAUGGGUAAAGUGUCAUUGUCUUAAUGCUGUGCUGUGUAUCUUGCCAGAAUAGCAUUUACCAACAGACUAAUCUCUUUUACUGGGCUUCAUUUAAAUUGUAGGUUUCUUUUUGAUUCUCCCUAUGUAUCAUAGUUGCGCAGGUCAGUACAAUAAACUUUGCAGUCUUGUGUUCACUUCUCAUAACCCCAAAAAAAGGGUUUGUUUCAGAUGCAUUGAUCAACCAGGUAAUUUUUUUGUUUUUUUUCUUGUGCUGGCAAUCAUGGGGAAUAGUUAGUAGUAGGACUAAUAAUCCAGAAAAAGUGAAUUCAAAUCUCACCAAGACAGUUUGUGAAUUUGAAUUAGUUUUUAACUUGACAGAAGAAAGUUGUUUAUCGGUGAAGUAUUAUAGAAGUAUUCUGUGAAGACGUCAGAUUGUGAUAAAACCUCAAUUGAUUCUCAAAUGCUUUUUCAGGAAGGUAUUCUAACCCAUAUGUAACUCCAAUUCUACACCUCUAGUUGACAACUGUUGUCUGAAGCGAACUCACACGUCACUCAAAUUGCUAUAAUAUAGCAUUAAGUAAAGACCACUGCCACAACCAUAGGACAACUAAGGGUGGUGAAACAAAUGCCUGUCUUGCCAGCAAUGUCAACAACCUUAUGACAUUUUUUUAAAAAAUUAAUCUAUUUUUAAAACCCCUGAAGUUACUUUAAUUAAUAUAAAAAGACAAGCAAAAACAAACAAUUCAGAAUUCAAGAUAGCAGAAGAAUGAAGAGUCAUACCCACUUCCAGCCAUCUGGAUGGGGGCACAUCAUCUCCCUGUAGGAGUUGGUCUUGAACUAGCUUCAUUUUAUAUAGACCCUGUUCAGUGCCAUAAUUUGGGCUCGGUAGGUUUGACCACCAAAAUGAGGAGGUCAAAAAAGGAAAUGUCAUAUAUAAUUUAUACUUCAUGACUUGCUCAUCACAUUGAAUUCAUGGAAGUUUGAUCUAGUACAGUUUUGUUUGUGCUUAUAGGUUAUCCUGUUCAGAGAUUUCAUUCUAAUUUAAACUAUUGUGCCAGGGUGGUGAGAAACAGAGCAGGUGGUCAGCAUGUGGAGUGAUUGAGGAUAUCCUCAAUGUUGAGUUCAGUGUGUUUAAUAGGAAGAACCAGCAGGACCAGGUUAGUAUCUAGCUUAGAGCCUGGAUUAGUACAUGGGACAAUGAUGUUGUAGUCAUCACCAAAGCUUUGUUGAGAAAGGCAGGACUCGCAGCAGAACAUUCCAGGGUUUAGAUUCUUUGUGUGCAAUAGAGAGGUGUGUAAAAGGUGUGGGGGAAGUUGCAUUACUCUUUGAGGAGAAUGUCACAACUGUGACAAAAUGAGAACAUCUUGGAGGGCUCAUCCAUUAAUGCUGUGUGGGUAGAAUGUAGGAAUGAGAAAGGUACGAUCACUCUGAUGGGGUUAUACCUUCAGCCUCCUAAUAGCCAUCAGAAGAAAGAGGAACAGAUAUGUAAGCAGAUCAUGGAAAGAUUUAAAAACAAGAAGGUUGUGGUAAUGGGUGAUUUUAACUUCCCCCAAUAUUGACUGGGACUCCCUUAGUGCCAGGGAUUUAAGAUGAAUGACAGGAGAUAUUGAAUGUGUAGUUAAAGAAAACGGAAGCAUAUUUACAGUUUAAGAAACUGAAAUCAAACAAGGCCUUUGUGUAUAAGGGAAGGAGAAAAGAAUUUAAACAAGAAAUUAGGAGGGCUAGAAGGGACUGUGAAAUGUGCUUGGCAAGUAUGAUUAAGGAGAAGGCAUUUUAUAUGUAAAUUAGGAGCAAGAGGGUAGCAAGAGCAGGGGUAAGUCACUUAAGGCUAAAGGAGGGAAUUUAUGCGGGAAUUUAGAUGAAGUGGGUGAAGUCAUUAAUGAGUACUUUGCAUUCGUAUUCACCAAGGAGGAGGACAUGGAUGGUGGAUAAGAUUAGGGAAGGGCAUGUUGAUAUUCUGCGGCAUAUCAAUAUUAAGAAGGUGGUGCUGGGUGUCUUGAAAUUAUUAAGGCAGAUAUGUACCUCGAGCCUGAUAAGAUCUAUCCAGGAUACUGAAGAAGGCAAAUGAGAUGGCUGGGUCCUUGACAGACAUUUUUACAUCCUCCUCAGCUGCAGAUGAGAUCCCAGAAGACUAGAGAAUAGCCGAUGUUGUACCUUUUUUUAAGAGCAGUGGAAAUAAUCCAGGAAAUUGUAGCCCGGUAAGCCUUAUGACAGUAGUAAGGAAAUCAUUGGAGAAGAUUCUUAGGGACAGGAUUUACUCACAUUCAGAGAAAAAUGGACUUAAUGGGGAUAGCCAGAAUGGCUUGUGCAGGGAGAGGUCUUGUUUCUCAAACUUUUAAGUUUCUUGAGGAAGUAACAAAAGUAAUCAAGGGUAGGGCAGUGGGUAUUGUGUACAUGUACUUUGAGAACGUAGGCUGAUCCAGAAGCUUAAGUCACAUGUCUUCCAUGAUGAAUUGGCAAGUUGGAUACAGAACUGGCAUUAUCAUAGAAAGAUGGAAGAGAUCGUUGUGGAGGGGUGGUUUUCUGACUGCGACCAGUGGUGUUUCACAAGGAUUAGUGCUGGGACCUCUGUUGUUUGUAAUAUAUGUAAAUAAUUUGAAUGAAAAUGCAAAGGUCUGAUCAAUAAGUUUGCAAACUUACUGAUGAAACACAAAUUGGAGGAUGGGUAUGAAAGGACACAAAUGGAUAUAGACCAGUUGGAAAGUUGUGCAGAGAAAUAGUAGAUAGAGGUUAAUCCCAACAAGACUGAGGUGAUGCAUUUUAGGAGGUCAGAUGCAAGAGGAAAGUAUACAGAAAAUGGCAGGAUUUUUAGGAGCAUUAAUAUGCAAUGUGAUCUUGGGGUGCAAGUCCAUGGUUCCCUGAUAGUGGCAAUAUGGUGAUAAAGAUGUAUGACAUGCUUGCCUUCAUCGGUCAAGGAACUGAGUAUAAAAGUUGUUGUCAUGUUGCAGCUGUAUCAAACUUCAAUUAAGGUACAUAUGGAAUAUUGUAUGCUGUUCUGGUCACCACACUACAGGAGGGAUGUGGAGACUUUGGAGAAAGUGCACAAGAUGUUUACCAGGAAUGUUUUAUUCCCCCUGUGCUCCGACCUUAAUGAAUGUCAGGCAUGACAUGAUUUUGAAAACUUUUUCCUUCGUAUCCACGUCCAUUUCUUUGGACAAAAGGCCUCUUUCCAUCCUACUGCCUCCAAUACUCUUGCUCCCUUUGGCCUUUUACCUGCACUCACUGGUUGUGUUGGUAAUGUAAGAUAGUGGCAGAAUAGAACACUUCAGAUUAAGCUCAUCCAUUUCCUUUCUUGCUGCUUUUUUUCCUUCUCCUGGCUGCAGACAUCCAGCCUUGAACUCAGCAAAGACCCAGCGAGGUGGCGUCCUGGCCUGAUAGGGCAGACUGUCAGCCCAGGAUGGACUUCUGGUGAUUCCUCAAAGUGCAGUCCUGUCAUGGCUAGGCACUUAAAGAAAGACUGUAAUGUUUGAACUCAAAGCUUUAUUUCUUUAUUUUCUACUUAAAACUAAGAAGGUGUCACUACUCUAAUCACUGCAAUGUUUGACGUGGUUUUCUUUGUCUACCUUGUUCUUAAGAUUCCGUACCCAGGUACUUGUACCUGAGAUGGAGCCUUAUGUGGUGACGUUAUAAACUUUUCAUUGUACUCCUGUACUUUUGUACAUGAGUACACGUGACAAUAAAUUGAUCAAAUUCAUUUCUUUGACUCUCUUUCCCAUUCAAACCUAUCCUCUUCUGAACUGACUGUAAUCUGUGCUUUCAGAUCCAACCUUACUUUGCAAUCAAGCUUGCUGACAAGGGUGGUACUAGUCUCUGCACUGCAGAGCUAAAGUUCCAGCUCUCAGACACUUCUUCCUAUCCCCCAAUGGACCAUGACUCCACCAUUGAACACCAGUAAUUUCCAGAAUUGGAGGUCAGUGCAUGUGCACGCCAAUUGGCCUGUAUUGACUCAGCUAUGUUGCGCUACAGCUGUGCAGCUUUGAUUAAGCAUUGCCUGGGAGUAACAUCAGCACACUUUCUCAAAUUAGUUGUUACAGUAUAACACCUGUACUCCAUCAUAUAUUAUGCUGACUAUGCAAAAUGGGAGUCAGGUUACUGGUAGCCUCAUUCACAGCAGGAAUCUAGACUUGUUCCUGUGAUGAAUGCAGUUAAGGAUCAGUGGUGGAAAACGUGUAGAGCUUCCUUAUUGAUGUGCUCAUUGCUUUAUAAUGAUUCUGACAGUGUUAAUGAUCAUGUUAUGUUGACUCCACCCUCAGCUAAUCACCCACAAUUUGCAGCAGCUGACUAAGUUUCUCUUCUACCUUUCAAAGCACAGCUGCACCAACUCCUCUAAGGUCUUCGUAAUUUUGCCUGACCACCUGUAUUUUCAUACUAAAUCUCAAAUGAUUAUAGGGAAUCUGUGAUUUACGAAUGCUCAUGCUUAAUAAUACGAUCCCAUAUAGUAGUACAAUUUUAAAGACCCGACAUACGGGCUUUAUGUAUACUUACGAACAGUUGCUUUACAUUGUCCUGUAUUGUAUUCCGCUUUGCAGACAGAUUAAUUUAUGAACAGACUUGAAUCCAUUUGCAACCCAGGGGAUUAUGAUUACAAUGUAAUAUACCACAUUGGAUAUCUACAGUUCUUUUAGAUAACAAUGCUUGUCUAUCCUCCACCACUUAAUUACUUGAUAGGCUCGAGACAGGAGGAUAGCUGGCUACAAACUGCACGAAACAUGCCUUCGUAAUAUGUCCCGGUACAGGAGGCAAAUACCACAAGAUAUCAAAGGUGGUCAUCUGGGAAAAUUCCAGUCUUCAGUGUAUAGAGAGGUUACUUGACUGUAGGAGGCAGCAUGCCGGCUGAAUGGUUAGCACUAUUGUCUCACAGUACCAAGGACACAGGUUUGAUUUGUGGCGUUGGGUGACUGUGAAGUUUGCAUGUACAGUGCCUGUGUGGGUUUCCUCCCACAGUCCAAAGAUAUGCAGGUUAGGUGGAUUGACCAUGCUAAAUUGCCCAUAGUGUCAGGGAUGUGCAGGCUGGGUGGAUUAGCCAUGGGAAAUGCAGGGUUACAGGGAUAGAAUAGGGGGCUGGUACGGAACGGGAUGGGCUUUGUGGGGUCUGUGCGAACUCGAUGGGCCAAAGGGCCUGCUUCCACACUGUAGGGAUUCUUUGAUUCAAUGAAGUCACGGUGGCCAACAUAGUUCCUUUACUAAAAUAGCUUCAACUUCUAAGGGAAAAAGAAGCACUUGGAAUUUUGUUGACCAUAUUGUCAUGGUCUCUUUUAAUUAAAUCUGUUAAAGUGCCAGCUGUUCUAUUAAAUUUAGGCACAAAUUUACAAUAAAAUCCACACAACUCCUUAAAUCUCGUGAUUUCCUGAUUAGUUUUAGGAACGGAGAAUUUGAAUAGAGCAUUUUGUUUCACUGCUAUUGGCAACACUUUCCCAAAUCCUAUGAUGUGUCCUAGAUAAGUUAUCCUCACCACCUCAAUUUUACUUUUGCUAAGAUUUAUUAUUAAGCCAACUGAAAAUAAUUGCUUAAACAGGUUCCACUCUAUUUAUGUUACAUACUGUUUAUGUUUACAAGAGUUAGUGUAUGUUACGACAUUGUCAUAAGCAGCAUGGUGUUUCAGUGGUUAGCACUGCUGCCUCACAGCGCCGGGAAUCCAAGUUGGAUUCCAUCUCGGGUGACUGCGUGGAACGUAGAACAGUAUAGGCCCUUCGGCCCAUGAUGUUGUGCGACCUCUUGUCCUACUAAGAUCAGUCUACCUUGCAUACCUUACAUUUUACUAUCCUCCAUGUGCCUAUCCAAGAGUCGCCUAAAAGUCUCUGAAGUAUCUGACUCUACUACCACUGCAAAGAGCACGUUCCACACGUCCACCACUCUCUGUGAAGAACCUACCUCUGACAUUUUCCCUAUACCUUCCUCCAAUCACCUUUAAAAUUAUGCCCCCUCAUAAUGUCAUUUCCGCUCUGAGAAAAGUCUAUGACUAACCAUUCUAUCUAUGCCUCUCAUCAUCUUGUAAACCUCUAAGUCAUCGCUCAUCCUUAAGCGCUCCAAUGAAAAAAGCCCAGCUCCCUCAACCUUUCCUCAUAAGGCCUGUCCUCCAGUCCAGGCAGUAUCCUGGGAAAAGGUUGUUUCAGAAAUAAUGGGAACUGCAGAUGCUGGAGAAUCCAAGAUAACAAAGUGUGAAGCUGGAUGAACAC